ACUCAGCGGAAUUUAUUUUAUCGGAGCUGGACAUGUGAUCGGAAAUGAAGGUUUCAAAACGGAGCCCUAGAACCAGGCCUCAGAAUCGCUUUCAACUGGGCAUUUUGGAACUGAAUCAAAUAGGUAUCCAUUACUGUAUUGUUUGAGAAAUCUAGAUAGAGACGACUCACAAGCUAUAAGACAAUUUCCUCUUAGGUUUAAUAUUUGGUGCUAAAUCAUGACUCGUAGGAAAAGUCUUCUAAGAUUAACACCAAAGUGAAGGCUACUAGCUUGAUUAUAAGGUUUCAAUUGGUACCAAUGUCAGCGCCUGAGUUGGAGAGAGCAUUGCACCAUUUUUGAAGGAGUUCCUGAAAAUUAGGUAUCUACCAUUUGACUCUGACAUAUAGUAUGAAUAUUGAAACCAUUACUAUUAUAUUAUAGACCUUGAAGCCAUCAAGUUACAUUAUUUAAUAUUUUUUUUAUGCUGUGACUUCCUAAUAUUCAAUAUUCAGGAUGCGCGACAAUGUUUCAUUCAGAUUUUAAAUCUCUUAAAAAAAAUUCUGAAAUUAAUAUAAAUUUCGUUUUAUUAAAAAGUACUCUUAAUGUUGCCUAGCUUCAUCAUUCACGCCUUGAGAUUUGAGGAGAAGUAUUGUGUAUGAUUCUCUUAUAACUUUACUAAAAUAUACCUAAUUGUUGCCUAGCUUCAUCAUUCAAUGAAUGUGUGAAUAAUUAAGUAGUCUAAACAAUUUAUAUUCAUGUUCGACUUACCAAUUUACCAACAAGCAACAUAUUGGCAUUGUUUGACUUUUAGGGGCAGUAAACUUUCUAAUCUCAUCUUUGCAAAUUAGAAACAAAAUCAUUCAUAAGACAAGCUUUAAUCUAAUGAUAUGAACCAUGGACUUCAAUAGUAUAUUGUGAUAUUGACCUUUGAGCCAUCAAGUUGUAUUUUUGUAUAUUUUUUGUUAGCUGUGAUUUUCGUAUAUUUAAUAUUCAUGGGAGAUAAUGUCUCGUGAUCACAUUUCUAAUCUCUUAAAAGUCUUGUAAGACUAUCACAAAAAAAGUUUUUCUUAGGGAAGUAAGUCAAUGGUACAUUUCUCAGAACCCCAUAGUAGUGUCCUCCUCUCUCUCCCUUUUCAAAAUAUACUAUACAGUAAUGGAUAGCGAACUGAUUCCGUUCCAGAUGGAGGCGAUUCUGGGGCCUGAUUCACAGCCAUUUCAAACCUUUAUUUCCGAUCAUUGGUCCAACUCCAAGGAGAAACGAUCCAAGGCUGAGUGGAUGUUCAACAUGAUGAAGCAAAAGGAUCCAGAGUCCAUUGCUCUUAAGCUUGUUGACUAUCUUGGCCCUUCCCACGACAUUUAUUACCGUGAAAGGUGUGCUGGACUCCUUCGCAAGUUGCUUAAUGAUAAUGACUUGUGCACUUGGCAUAAUCUUAGUGUCUCCACUCAAUCGACCAUCAAAUCUAUGAUCGUUGAUCGUUUCUCCGUUGAAGAACCAGGAUUCAUCAUUCAAGAGCUCCUUAUAACUGUUUGGACGCUUAUUGAUUCAGUUCGCGCAGAUAAAACCUGGCCUGAACUAUUGCCACCCCUGUACCAACGUGUCACUAAUUCCAGUUUAGACCCGUACCUAAAAGGGGCAGCUUGCAUAAUAUUUGCGAUUCUAUCUAAGGACAUAGGCGAAACAACAGCACCUUGCAUAAAAGAUUUGCACAAGCUAUUCCUUAAUACACUGAAUGAUGAUACCCUCCACCUCCAAGUGAGGAUCACUGCCGCAAGAGCUGUGAUCACCUUCAUUCAGAGCAUACCGAGUUCAAAUGAAAAAGAGCGGUUUCAAGAACUAUUGCCAGGUAUGAUGAGAGCUUUGACUGACACAUUGAACAACAAGAGGAGGGAGGAUGCAGCAGAGCAGGUGCUGUUAUUUCUUAUAAAGUUGGCGAAGAAUGAACCUAGGUUCUUGAGGAGGCAGCUAGUGGAUGUGGUGGGUACCAUGUUUGACAUAGCAGAGGAUAAGAGUUUGGAAGAAACGACAAGGCACUUGGCAAUUGAGUUCGUAUUAGCUUUGGUUGAGGCUAGGGAGAAGGCCCCUGGUAUGAUGAAGAAGCUGCCUUUGUUUACUACCACUUGUUUUGCAGUGUUGUUGAAUUUGUUACGGGAUAUUAAGGACAAACCUAGCUGGCAUAGUUCGGAGAUCUGGAAUGACCAGGCAGGGGUUACUGAUAACUACAUUUAUGGUCGGGAGUGUUUAAGCCGGUUUUCUAAAGCAUUAGGUGGCAAGACUAUAGCUCCUAUUGCACUAGAGCAGCUGGAUGCUUAUUUGAUAGUCCCUGAGUGGGAGAAACGGCACGCAGCUCUCAUUGCACUUUCUCAGAUAGCUGAAGGAAGCUCAAAGGUGAUGAUGAAGUAUUUGGAGCAAAUAAUGAAUAUGGUUCUGCAUGCUUUCCAAGAUCCUCAUCCUCGAGUCAGAUGGGCUGCUAUUAAUGCAGUUGCGCAGUUCUCAAUUGACUUCUCUCCACAUUUGCAAGUACAAUACCAUAACUUUGUAUUGCCUGCAUUAGCUGCAGCUAUGGAUGAUUUUCAACAUCCUCGAGUGCAGGCACAUGCAGCUUUAGCUGUCUCGGAUUUCUGUAAAUCUGACAAGCCAGAAACUUUGGUACCCUACUUAGAUAGAAUACUCAACAAACAGCUUGUACUUCUACAGAACGACAACGAAAUGGUUCAAAGAGCAGCAUUAAAGGCAUUGUCUGGUAUUGCUGAUUUAUCUAAGGAGCAAUUCCAAGCGUACUAUGAUUUUGUAAUGCCAUAUUUGAAAACUAUCCGGGCAAAUGCAAAUGAUAAAUCUAAUCACAAGCUUCAAGUCAGAGCCUUCGAGUGCAUAAGCCUGGUUGCAUUGGCUGUAGGCAAAGAGAAAUUCAGAGAUGACUUAGAGCAGGUUAUGGAAGUGCUCAAGUCAUUUCAAAAAUCACAAGUGAGAGAGGCUGAUACUAUUGUUUACAUUCUACAGGCAUCCAACAGAAUUUGCCAGUGCAUAGGGAAGGAUUUUCUUCCUUACAUGAGUACAGUCAUGCCCUCUUUGGUUGAGUGUGCUCAAUUUGAGCCCGAUAAGACUGUAUCGACUGAUAAAUUAUAUGAUAGUAUACACAAAGUCAAGUUCGGGAAGGAAAUGAUAUGCAUCAAAGGAAGUGACCUCCUAGAGGUGAAAUCUAUAGCCUGUGGUCUCCUUGGUAGAUAUGCUCAUAAUUUGAAGGAAGAAUUCUACCCAUGGAUUUCCCAGGCUGCUUCAGUUUUAGCUCCGCUUCUUAAAUUCUAUAUGGACGAUGAUGUCAGGAACUAUGCUAAUUAUGCAUUGUCAUCCCUGUUGCCUUCUGCUGAACUGGCGGUAGAGAAAGGGAUUGCUCAAGGUGGAAACCAGUCAUACUUCAAGCAGUUGUCUGGCGAUAUAAUACUGGCUUUGGGGAACGCUUUAUACUCGGAGUCUGAGGCAAAAAUAAGUGCAAAUAUAUUAUGGGGAUUGAAUGAAUGCCUAUUGAUCUGUGGAUCACUUCUCAAUGAAGAUCAGGUUCAUAGCAUCAUCGAUGAGAUAAAGCACGUUCUUAUGGAAAGUUCACGCAGAAAUGGAGAACUCACAAAGAGAGCAAAAUCAGAAGACUUUGAUGCUGAGGAGGCUGAAUUGCUGAGGGCUGUAAGAGAGCUAGAAGAUGAAGUUUGCAUAAAUGUUGGUAACAUAUUGAUUACACUGAUCCACACAUUCAAGGCUGCUUUCUUGCCUUUUUUCGAUGAGCUUUCAUUAUAUCUAUUGCCUAUGAUGGGAAAGGAUAAAACAGCUGCAGAGAGAAGUAUGUGUUUUCAUGUUUUUGACAUACUUGUGGUGUAUUGCGGUGAAGCAGCUCUAAAGUACUAUAAUAUAUAUCUUCCUUUUCUUUUGAACUCAAGUGACGACGAAAAGCCAGUUGUUAGACAGAAUGCGCUUUAUGGACUUGGGUUGUGUGCGGAACAUGGUGGUUCUGUUUUCAAACCUUUUGUUGGAGAGGCUCUUUCGAGAAUCAAUGUAGUGAUAACACAUCUACACGAUCGUGAGCCUGAGAAUUUAAGUGCAUAUUAUAAUGCUGCUUUUGCGCUUGGUAAGAUAUGUCAAUUUCAUCAGGAAAGUAUCGACUCAGCACAGAUUAUUCCGUCUUGGUUGAAUUGUCUGCCCAUAAAAGAGGACACGGUUAAAGCCAAAGUAGUUCACAAACAGCUCUGUUCAAUGGUUGAAAGAUCAGACGGAAAACUUUUGGGUCCCAACUAUCAGCACCUUCCAAAGGUUAUUUCAGUUUUUGUAGAGGUUUUAUGUGCUGGAGAGAAUCUUGCUGCAGACGAAACUAAAAAAUGCAUGAUUAAUCUUUUGAGGCAUUUUCAACAAACAGUACCAGCAACCACCUUGGCAUCAGCAUGCUCAUUGUUAUUGCCUCAGCAUGAGAUGGAAUUGGAAUCCAUUUUAUCACCCGAGGAAGAUGUUAACAUUUCGACAUACGCAAUGUAACUGCUAGUCUUGUGAACUUGUGGAAAUCAAUUCAUUUUGGUGCUCAGUCCACUCGUCUCGAGCCGUGGAAUCGGCCACUAAUGCUUGCAUCAGGGUAGGCUGCCUACAUCACACCCCUUUGGGAUGCGGCCCUUUUCCGGACCCUGUGUGAACGCGGGAUGCUUUGUGCACCGGACUGCUCUUUUCUACUCCUCUGAUUAAACAUUGUUCAUUUUGGAAUGAGAUUUCACGUUGGGAGGCUUAGGUGUGGAGAAACAUGAACACCGUGCACUGCAAGUAGUGGAAACAUGUAUCUAUGUAUAAACUAGUUAAGAGCUAGCCCGUGCUGAGCCCGGGCCCGAGUUCAAAGUGGAUAAGUAAUACUUUUUGAGUUUUGAUUAAAAUAGAAUAACAUGUGGUACAUUCUUAAAUUUCUGUUAAA